AGGUUGAAUUUUGCCCUUGUUAAUCGUUUGAAUACCAGUCGCAGAAUUUGGGAGCAGUCGUUACGGAAAUAGCUCCUAUUUUUGAUACUAUUAGUCCUCAAAAACAGCAAGUCACGGUGAUCGUUUUUGCUAUCAAUCGCGCCACACUACCUAAAACAAAAAAAAUAAACGCUUCAUUUUAACGCAAUCAUGGGCCUGCUGAGCGAGGGUUCUCCACUAUCUUGGCAAGAAACAAGAAAAUACGCAGAGCACGUCAGGAAAUUAGGAAUUGAGCAAUUUAUAAAACUCUACCAUAAACUGAAGAAUAGAAGAGGCGAUGAAUUGAAAUGGGGCGACGAGGUUGAAUAUAUGUUGGUUCAAUUCGAUGAUCAAGCCAAACGAGCUAGAGUUGUACUCAAAGCGGAGGAAAUCUUGGAUAUUCUUCAGGAAAAGGAAAGAAAUUUCCCAAAUGAUCAUCCAACAACUUGGAGACCGGAAUAUGCAUGCUACAUGAUUGAAGGAACUCCCGGAAAGCCUUACGGACAUUUAAUGGCUCAUUUUAACGUAGUGGAAGCUAAUAUGGAAUUGAGAAGAAAUGAAGUUAAAAAAUUGCUGAAAGAUAAUGAAUAUCCAUUGAGUUUAGCAGUUUUUCCGAGAGUGGGUUGUCCUGACUUUACUUUCCCAAAACUCGAACCAACACCUAACUCAGGAGCUUCUCAUUCGUUGUAUUUUCCGGACGAAGCUAUCUUCGGAAUGCAUCCCAGAUUUAAAACACUUACAAGAAACGUGAGAGAACGCAGAGGUGAAAAACCUCAUAUUAACGUUCCAAUUUAUAAAGAUAAAAAUACGCCUGAACAAACAUCAGAUGAUCCUGGAGCCAAACCUGGACACAUUUAUAUGGAUUGUAUGGGUUUCGGUAUGGGAUGCAGUUGUUUGCAAAUGACAUUCCAAGCCUGCUGUGUUGAUGAAGCUCGUCUUUUGUAUGAUGAAUUGUCUCCGCUGUGCCCAAUCAUUCUCGCUUUAUCGGCGGCUACACCGUAUUUCAGAGGAUAUUUGGCUGAUGUUGACUGUAGGUGGGACAUUAUAUCAGCCUCAGUAGAUGACAGAACAAGAGAAGAGAGAGGGUUGGAUCCGUUGAAAGAGGACAGGUUUGUUAUACAGAAAUCGAGGUACGGAACCGCUGACUCCUACCUUCACGAUAAACACGCAAAAUAUAAUGAUGUUGAGUUAUUAUACGACAAAAAGAUCUAUGACAAACUGAGAGAGAAUGACAUUGAUGACCUACUGGCACAGCACAUAGCUCAUUUAUUUAUAAGAGAUACAUUAUCAUUGUUUUCUGAGAAAAUAGAUCCAAGUGGUGAUGACGAUACUGAUCAUUUUGAGAACAUUCAAAGUACCAAUUGGCAAAGUAUGAGAUUUAAACCUCCUCCUCCCCAAUCUUCAAUUGGAUGGAGAGUAGAAUUUAGACCAACUGAGGUUCAAUUAACAGAUUUUGAAAAUGCGGCAUUUGCCACUUUCAUUGUUAUGUUAACAAGAGCAAUAAUGUCCUACAAGUUGCACUUUGUCUUGCCAAUCUCAAAGUUACAUGAAAAUAUGCAAAAGGCUCAAAAGAGGGACGCUGUUUUGAAUGAGAAGUUUUGGUUUAGAAGAUAUGUAACAGAGUGUGAAGGAUACAAUUGCUGUGAAACAGUUCAAUUGUCCGUCAAUGAAAUUAUUAAUGGUUGUAGUAAUUUUCCAGGUCUUGUACCAUUGGUAAAGCACUAUAUUACAUCCAUUGAUGACUGCGAUGUUGAUACCCAAUGCACAGUUCUACAGUACUUAAAGCUCAUUGAAAGAAGAGCAAGCGGAGAAUUAUGGACAGCAGCUAAAUGGUUAAGACAUUUGGUUACCAGUCAUCCUAGUUAUCAAAACGAUUCAAUCAUAAGUGAAGAAAUUUCCCAUCAUGUGAUGCGUCAGGCUGAAUUAGUGACAAAUGGGAAGCUGCUUCCGGAGAAUUUGUUAAUAAAUUUCAACACUAAAUCCAAAGGAGAUAUCAAUGCAGCUACUGAGAAACAUCAUAGCUUGUUAGCGUCUAAACGUAAACAAGCAACUCCGUCACAAAACUGA